ACCUCAUUGCUAGGUCUGCUGUUCUGAGGGUCACACAUUUUUACACUCAUAACCCAUCUCAUCUUCGGUCUUGUUGGUCUAGGGGUCUCACUGUUUUACACAUACGCAUUACUGAGUCUCUGGUCCCCCUGGUCUGAGGAUUCCACUUUUCUACCCUCACACCCUGCCUCGUCUCCACUCCAGCUGGUCUGAGGACACUGCUCAGAAUGCCUGAGCCAACUAAGAAAGAUGAGCUGCCCAACGCCUCACCUCAAGAGAGUGUUGCCCCAGACAGUAGUGAGGCUCUGGCCCCUGCUGAGAUCCCUCCACAUCCAGAACCUGUAGAAACAGACCAGAAGACACCUGUGGAGCCUGUAGACACAGAGCAGGAGGAGCCUGUGGAGCCUGUAGACACAGAACAAGAGGUGUCUGUGGAGGCUGUAGACGCUGGGCUGAAUGAACCUGUGGCAACUAUAGAUACAGAGCAGAAGGAGCCUGUGAAAGCUGUAGAAACACACAUUACAGAACCUGUGAACGGUGUAAACACAGAGCAGCACGAGACGGUGGAGCUGGCAGAUACUGAGCUAAAGGACCCUGCGGAGCCUGUAGACACACAGCUGGCGGUGUCUGUGGAGGCUACAGACGUUGGGCUGAACGAACCAGUGAAGGUUGUAGACACAGAACUGAAAGCACCUGUGAAUGGUGUGGAGACAGAGGAAAAGGGGGAACAUGUGAAGGCUGUAGACGCUGGGCUGAAUGAACCUGUGAAGGCAGUAGACGCAGAGCUGAAAGAUAUUGUGAAUGGUGUAGACACAGAGCAGAAGGAGCCUGUGAAGGCUGUAGAGACAGAGAAGAAGGAGCCUGUGAAGGCUGUAGAGACAGAGAAGAAGGAGCCUGUGAAGGCAGUACAUGCUGGGCUGAAGAAGCCUGUGAAGGCUGUACAUACUGGGCUGAAGGAGCCUGUGAAGGCGGUGAAGGCUGUAGACACUGGGCUGAAGGAGCUUGUGAAGGCUGUAGACACAGAACAGAAGGAGCCUGUAGACUGUCAACUGAAGGAGAAGACUCCCAACACUGAUAAAGAUGAUGAUGCUGCUGCCAGAACUCCAUCACCGCAGCCCCCGUCAGAGGAGGCCAAUUCGCUCAAGAAACUGUCUAUUGAGCUGCCUAAUGAUAACGUCCCUGAGUCAGCCAUGGGAAGGAAAGACUCAGUCUGGUCCCUGGGAGAAGGGCAGCCUCCAGAGGAACUGGAAAAACCACCAGAGACCAACACCCAGCUCUCAACUCUCCUCAUUGAGAAACCCCAGAGUGGCUCCAUUUCCGUGGGUGGAGACAUCACCUUUGUUGCCAAAGUGGAGGCAAAAGACCUGUUGCGCAAGCCCACCAUCAAAUGGUUCAAAGGGAAGUGGAUGGACCUGGCCAGCAAGACAGGAAAGCACCUACAGCUGAAAGAGACCUUUGACCGUUUCACCAAGGUUCAUACAUUUGAGAUGCACAUCAUGAAGGCCAAAGAGAACUACGCUGGGAAUUACAGAUGUGAGGUCACCUACAAGGACAAAUUUGACAGCUGUUCCUUUGAUUUAGAAGUUAUAGAGGUUCCUGAAGUUGCUCCAAGUAUUGACAUACGAUCAGCUUUCAAAAGGAGCAGUGAAGGUCAAGACGAUGCAGGAGAGCUUGACUUUAGUGGGCUUCUUAAACAUAGAAUGAACAGGGAGCCGAAGCAGGAGGAGGUCCCGGAGAUAGACGUGUGGGAGAUCCUGAGGAACGCCAAGCCAGAUGAGUACGAGAGGAUUGCCUUCAUGUAUGGAAUCACUGACCUGAGGGGUCUGUUGCGGAGACUGAAGAGGACUAAGAAGGAGGAGAAGAAGAGUGAAGCUUUUGCCAAGAAACUGGAGCCAGCUUACCAGGUGGACAAGGGUGGGAAGAUCCGAUUUGUGGUAGACCUGGCCGAUCCCACCGUGGAUCUGAAGUGGUACAAGAAUGGCCAGGAGAUCCGGCCCACGCCUAACCAAAGGAAGUACAUCUUUGAGCACAAAGGCACCCAGCGGAUCAUGAUCAUCAACAACUGCACCGUGCAGGACGAUGCUGCCUACGCUGUCACUGCUGGCGAUGAGAAGUGCACUACUGAGCUGUUUGUCAAAGAGUUACCAGUGAAGAUUACAAAAGAGCUGGCAGCAGUGAAGACGACAGUGAACGAGCGAAUUGAGUUGGAGUGCGAGGUGUCUGAAGAGGGGGCUCAAGUCAAAUGGCUUAAGAAUGGCGUGGAAGUUCCAACCGGAGUCCGCUCCCGCUUCCGAGUCAAGAGCGAGGGGACCAAGCAUAUACUGAUCAUCGAUGACGCCACUAAAGAGGACACUGGCACCUACUCCCUGAUGGCCACCGGGGGCACCAGUCAGGCCCGCGUGCAGGUUGACCUGAAACCCCUGAAGAUUCUGCAGGACCUGAGCGAUCAGACGAUCCGUUUGGGCCAGCCGCUGAAGCUGCACUGUGAGAUCUACCCCGGGAACGUGCCGGGCCGCUGGUACAGGAACGGCCAGCUGAUCCAGCCCAGCGAACGCGUCAACAUCCUGCACAGAGCCAAGAACCACAGACUCGAAAUAGAGAGCACCACGAUCCAUGACGCGGGGGAUUACACCUUUGUGCCGGAGGGGUACUCCCAGAAACUCUUCGCCAGGGUCCACAUCAUAGAUCCUCCCAAGGUGCAUCUGGACAGUCUAAAUUUCCCUGACAACACAGUGAUCAUCGUGGCAGGGACCAAACUGCGUCUGGAGAUCCCCAUCAGUGGCGAACCUGCCCCCAGAGUUGUGUGGAUGAAGGGGGAGAGGGUGAUCCUUGACACGGGCAGCAGGGUUCGUGCAGAGACCUUCUCUGACCACACGAGCCUCACGAUAGACAUCACGGAGCGGGAGGACACCGGGAACUACAAGAUCGUGCUGCAGAAUGAAGCGGGAGAGGACACGGCCACUGUUAAAGUCAAGGUUGUAGACAUCCCUGAUGCCCCUGACGCCCCCUUGGUUCCUGAGGUUGGAGGAGACUGGUGCUUAAUGACCUGGGAAACCCCUCACUAUGAUGGAGGCUCACCCAUCUUAGGUUACUUCAUUGAAAGGAAGAAAAAGCAAAGUUCCAGGUGGAUGAGGCUGAACUUUGACCUUUGCAAAGAGACGACCUUUGAGCCUAAGAAGAUGAUCGAGGGCGUUCCCUAUGAGGUGCGGGUUUUUGCCGUGAACGCCAUCGGCUCAUCACGUCCCAGUGAACCGUCCAGGGCAUUUAUACCCCUGGCUGUGACCAGUGAGCCUACGAUGCUCGUGGUGGAUGAUGUCACAGACACCACGGUGACGAUGAAGUGGCGCCCUCCUGACACCAUCGGAGCUGCAGGGCUGGAUGGGUACCUGGUGGAAUAUUGCUUCGAAGGAACUGAUGAGUGGAUUGCGGCCAACACGGAGCUGACGGAGAAGACCAAGUACACCAUCACGGAUCUUCCCCCGGGGGGGAAGAUCUUGGUGAGGGUAAAGGCCAUAAAUAAAGCGGGGGCCAGCGCGCCACGAACUCUCCAACACUCCAUACUGGUCAAAGAAGUCAUCGAGCACCCCAAGAUCCGGUUGCCGAGACACCUGAAGCAGACGUAUAUUCGUAAGGUUGGAGAGGUCAUCAAUCUCGUUGUACCCUUCCUGGGGAAGCCGAGACCCAAGGUGAGCUGGCUGAAGGAGGGGAAGACCGUGGACCCCUCUCAGGUGAGCAUCCGCAACAGCGAGAGCGACAGCAUCAUCUUCAUCCGCAAGGCUGAGAGGAAGCACUCCGGCAAGUACGAGAUGAGCGUGCAGGUGGAGAACUACGUGGACACCGCCGUCCUGGACAUCCAGAUUGUGGACCUUCCUGGACCCCCACAGUGUGUGAAGAUUGAAGAGGUGUGGGGAGAGAAUGUAGCCUUGGAGUGGACCCCUCCGAAGGACAGUGGCAACGCACCAAUAACUGGCUACACCAUACAGAAAGCAGACAAGAAGACUAUGGAGUGGUACACAUGUGUGGAGCACUACCACCGUACCUGCAUCACCCUCACAGAGCUGGUGGUGGGGAACGAGUACUACUUCCGCGUCUACUCAGAGAACAUGUGCGGUCUGAGCGAGAGCGCCACCACCACCAAGGACAGUGCGCUCAUCGUCAAGGAGGGCAUGCUCCUGAAGGCCCCCGAGUACGAUGACUACGACUUCACCGAGGCGCCCCGCUUCACGCAGCCCCUGAUCAACACCUACGCCAUCGCCGGCUACAACGCCACGCUCAACUGCUGCGUCCGCGCCAAUCCCCGGCCUAAAGUGAUCUGGAUGAAGAAUAAGAUCGCCAUCAUAGACGACCCACGCUACCGCAUGUUUAGCAACCACGGCGUGUGCACCCUGGAGAUCCGUAAACCUAAUCCCUACGACGGGGGCACCUACACCUGCAAGGCUAUCAACGACCUGGGGGAAGCGCAGGUGGACUGUAAGCUUGAAGUCAAAGGGGGCUUUACCUUCUAUGAGCUAAUGCAGCGAGGAGUACCUUUACAUCUGAUUGAUAAGUACAUGAAUGAGACAAAGAGUUCUGAACAAGAGAGGAAGUGACCUGACUGACCACUACUACGCCUGGGCCUUCAUGAAACAUGCCACCACUAGUUUCCCAUCUCGCUUUCUCCUUAGCAAUUUGGAGACAAGGAAGAGGAGGGAUUUUGCUGUGCGCAGGCAUAGAGCUAGUUACCGUACCAUACCCUGUUAGAGUUCUUUCAUGACCAGCUGUUGCUUUCCCCUGUCCAUUUGAAGUUGUCACUUAAAGGCAGGUUUUGGAGCAUUUCCAUGUGUUAAGGACAACAGCUUUGUUGUAGACACAGAUAUGAUAGCCUGGAAAAUGCAAUACAGAAAGAAGGGAUGGGGGGAGGGGUCAGAGAAAUUUUCCCAGGAUUCAGAUUGAGGUAAAAAAUGUUUUAGGGUUAAAAAUGUCUCACAAUGUUUUGAAGGUGGGGGUUUUCUUUCAAUUUCUGUGACAGCUCUUCCUAAGUUUUGCCAGUCAGUUUCAGUGACUUAAGAUUCAAUAGGACAUAACUGGGGGAAAAAGACAAAAUUUUAGACAAAAUUUAUUUUCUGAUUGUUUCUCAGAUUGAAGAGAUUUCAGGUCUGGUUUUAAUUUGCUCAUUGAUUUUCCAGUAUGGCAAGGUUUCUUUGAUAACAAUUACAAUAGACACAUCUAGUAUUCCCUCUUGUAAGAUGUGAUAUUUAUUUGAACCAACAUUCAGUGUGUUUUAAGUGACUUUUUUCUGGAUUUUAUUUUUAUGUUGGUAUUGCAGAAAAACUAUAGCCUUGGUGUUGGGAUCUGAAUGCUGUUUCCAGACGGUUUCCUUUUUCUUUCUCAUAUUUUUGUUGUAUUUGCUCAAACUGCAUGACACCUGUCUUUCUCCAUGUGUACCAGUGUAUACCUGCACUCUCACUGUGCAGACCUGUGUUUGUCCGGUAUGUAUAUUUCCAUUUUGUUUGUGUUCUCCCUGUGUAUGCUAGUGUAUA